AUGGGAGGCCUCCAACGCUUAUCGCUGAUGCUGGGGCCCUCUUUGGGCGCGGGCCAGCUGCACAUCCAAGCAGUUUUCAUAGCCCAGCUGGCGUGUGCGGGCCUGGCUGCACUGGUGACGGCGGCUUUUCUGAGGAUUGCGAAAGCAGAGUCCGAGGCGUCUACGAAGAAGAGCACAGGGUUCUUCCAGGCUAGAGACGCCAUGAGGGAGAACGGCGGUCGCCUCGUCCGUGUGCUCGGUUUCGCUGCAGCUCUUCAGUGCGUUCGGAAGGGCCGAGAGCUCUUCUUUUCUCUCGCUGGCCGUGAAGCCAAACUCUCCGACAUGGUUAUCGGGCAAGUUGCAGCCUUGUCCUUCUUGGUGGACACCCUGGCCUCCCCCGUCGCCGGGCGCCUCAUGGAUUCCUGGGGCCGGCGAAGCGCCGGAGUAGCCUCACUCACCUUGCAGUCUCUGGGGCUGCUGCUCCUCGCAUUCCAGAACACGCCCGCUGUGGUCGCCUCAGCCGUUCUGACUGGCUUGGGUAACGGCUUGGGCUCUGGACUGCUGAUGACGCUUGGUGCGGACCUCGCCCCCCAGGGCCCCGGGCAGGGGGCCUUUAUUGCGGUGUACCGGCUGCUGUUUACCAGCCUGGACUUUAUCACUCCGGCCCUCCUCGGAAUAUUGACAACUGCCUCCUCCCUUGAGGUGGCAGAGCUCACCACAGGUGCCAUCGGCUUGCUUGGCGUCGUGUGGCUGUUGCUUUGCGUGCCGGCGAAUCGGGCCAGCCAGCAGCAGCGCAUAACGGUGCUCGCACAAGACGGCAUUGUGAGACACCUUGCCUCUGACAAGCUUCAGGAAAAGCCUGAGGCGAACUGCUCUCUUGAUCCUUUGCGGAAAGGUCCUUGUGGCUCCUUGCAACGUGCAGCAAUGACAGCUGUUUUCCUCGAGCUGCGCACGAAGCAGCAGCUGGGUUACAUCGUGGACCUGAGCUAUGGCGACGGCGCUGGAUUCCUGCAUCUCCAGUGCAUCCUGCAGUCUGAGUUCAGGCCCGAGUAUGUGCGAGGCCGCAUCGAAGAGUGCCUGAAAGACCUCUUCCGUUGGGCGCAAGACGAGCUGACGGAGAUGGAGUUUGCGAAGGUGCGGGAAGGACUCGUCUCGAUUCUGUCGGAAGCCCCCAAGAACCUGAGCGAAGAGAACUCCAGAUACUGGAACGAAGUUAGCCGCCAACGAUACGACUUCCAGCGCCGGUCGCGUAAACGCCAAGCGGUGCAGUCGACGAGCCUCGAGGACUUCAAGCAUUUUGUGGCGCAGCUUGCCACGGCGCCACAGCUGUGCAUUGAGGUGUCCAGCCAAUCCGAGCCUCGUCCCGACCCGCAAGCGGCCACCCCGGCGCCCGUGGAUCGCACCUGGCAAGAUGACGAGGCACGCGUCGAAUUCCGGCGCACUGCUGAGUGGGUGCUUGCCCAGGAGAAGAGUGAGAUCCCAGCUCGCCUGUGA